AUGUCAGUGAUCAAUUUCAUAAAGGAUUUGUGGCGCGGUCUCCAUUUCGUUCUAUCGAUUCAAUUCUGGAGAAUGGCGUUGUUAUGGACACUUUCCGUUCUAUUUUCUCACUUCCAAUUGCUCAAGGAUUCGCUCUUUUCUCACAAAAUCGUAUAUCCCAGGUGUUCCUUUUCCACGUACCCUAAUACUCCCGUUUGCGUCAUCACCGGUGCAACAUCUGGUUUGGGAUUUUCUACCGCAUGCAAGAUUUCCAAGGAGGGAUUUCUCAUCGUUAUUGUUGGAAGAUCAGAGAAAUUGUUAUCGGAGACUAUAAGAAAGAUCAAAGAUUUUAAUGAGGAUGCUCAACUCAAAGCUUUUCAGGCUGAUCUUUCGUCGGUUGAGUCCAUUAUAAAGUUUGAAAGUUCGUUGCGGCAGUGGCUUUUGGAUUCCAAUUUGCACUGCUCGGUACAAAUACUAAUAAACAAUGCUGGACUACUUGCUACAUCUCCUAGAGUCACGGCUGAGGGCUACGAUCAGAUGAUCGGCACAAAUUAUGUUGGAGCAUUUGUUUUGACCAAGCUUCUAUUACCACUUCUUGAAAACAGUCCAGUGUCUUCCAAGGUUGUGAAUGUAACAUCCUUUACUCACCGAGCUGUUACUAAUAUGCAGGUUGACGAGGGAACUGUUUCUGGAAAGAAAUUUUUAAGUACAAAUCAUUAUCCAUAUGCUCAGGUCUAUGAGUACUCAAAACUAUGCCUACUUCUCUUCUCAUUUGAGCUCCACCGACAGCUUACCCAAAUGGGUAAAUCUCAUCAGAUAUUUGUCAAUGUUGCAGAUCCUGGAAUUGUACAAACAAACAUCAUGCGAGAAGUUCCAGCAUGCCUGUCUUGGUUGGCAUACUUUGUACUGAAACGCCUACGCCUAUUGCAAUCCCCUGACUGUGGGAAAGAUUCGAUUGUUGAUGCUGCUUUUGCUCCACCUGGAACAUCAGGAGCUUACUUUUUUGGGGGGAAAGGUAGAACUAUAAACUCUUCAGCACUUUCACGAAACACCAAAUUAGCACAUGAGCUUUGGGAAACUACAUGCAAUAUGCUAUCGGUAACUCCCUUUGGUAAUGAGAGAAACAGUUUUUAG